AUGUAUGACAGCGUGUAUGACAACGUGUAUGGCAGCGUGUAUGACAGCAUGUAUGACAGCGUGUAUGACAGCGCGUAUGGCAGCGUGUUGUGUAGCGUGUAUGACAGCGUCGUGUAUGGCAGCGUGUUGUGUAGUGUGUAUGACAGCGUGUAUGACAGCGUGUAUGACAGCAUGUAUGGCAGCCUGUAUCACAGCGUGUAUGACAGCAUGUAUGGCAGCGUGUAUGACAGCGUGUAUGACAGCGUGUAUGACAGCGUGUAUGGCAGCGUGUAUAACAGCGUGUAUGGCAGCGUGUAUGACAGCUUGUAUGGCAGCAUGUAUGACAGCAUGUAUGACAGCGUGUAUGACAGCGCGUAUGGCAGCGUGUUGUGUGGCGUGUAUGACAGCGCGUGUAUGACAGCGCAGUAUGACAGCGUGUAUGGCAGCGAUGUAUGGCAGGCGUGCAUGGCAGCGCAGUAUGGCAGCGUGUAUGACAGCGUGUAUGGCAGCGUGUAUGACAGCGUGUAUUACAGCAUGUAUGACAGCAUGUAUGACAGCGUGUAUGGCAGCGUGUAUGACAGCGUGUAUGGCAGCGUGUAUUACAGCAUGUAUGACAGCGUGUAUGGCAGCGUGUAUGGCAGCGUGUAUGACAGCGUGUAUGGCAGCGUGUAUGACAGCGCAGUCAUGUAUGGCAGCGUGUAUGACAGCGUGUAUGACAGCGUGUAUGGCAGCAUGUAUUACAGCGUGUAUGACAGCGUGUAUGACAGCGUGUAUGGCAGCGUGUAUGACAGCAUGUAUUACAGCGUGUAUGACAGCAUGUAUUACAGCGUGUAUGACAGCAUGUAUGACAGCAUGUAUGGCAGCGUGUAUGGCAGCGUGUAUGGCAGCGUGUAUGACAGCAUGUAUGGCAGCGUGUAUGACAGCGUGUAUUGGCGUGUAUGA